AUGAUCAACCAACUCUUCAUUCUUGCUUCUAUUGCCUUAACUGCAGUCAAUGCUCAUGCUGGUGCACACAGUUUUGAAAAGAGGCAAUCCACUCCGACAUCCAACUUUCAAUUGAAAGAGACUUACCCUGCACCCUUUGUCGUGCCCACUGCUAAGCCCGAAUGGCUUGAAUUAAUUAAAAACGUAACUAUCACCAAAGCUCCCGUUUAUAAAAACAAUGGUGCAGGUCCUCAACCUUUGGAACAAGGUGACCCUUAUUGUGAUUGGACUUUUACUGGCUGCUUUGGUGACAAAGAUCUGUACCAAUGUCCCAAAGGACAAUGGGCUCUCACCUACGACGACGGACCUUCUGAAUUUAGUCCUGCUCUAUACGAUUAUUUAGAUAAAGUGGGCGUGAAGGCCACUUUCUUCAUGGUCGGUGGUCAGGUCGUCAAGUUCCCCGACUACGCCAAAAGAGCUUAUGAAGCCGGCCACGAAAUUGCCAUGCACACCUGGUCUCACACUUACAUGACAACGCUCACGAACGAACAAAUCGUUGCCGAGCUCAAAUGGAACGAGUUGGCUAUCAAGGAAGCCACCGGUGUUUCCCCUCGUUAUUUCCGUCCUCCUUAUGGUGAUAUCGACAAUCGUGUCCGUGACGUCGCUGCCGCUCUUGGUUUCUACCCCAUCAUUUGGAACCAUGAUACCAACGACUGGGCUUAUGCCUCCGCUCCAGAGACCUUCCAAGCAUCCUGGAUCGAUAGCAACGUUACCCAAUGGGUCAAUGCAGCUGCUACUGCCACCGUAGGCGGCGUUUCUCUUGAACACGAUCUCUAUAAAACGACCGUCGAUGUAGCUAUUCGCAUUUUACCCAAGCUCAAAGAAGCCUAUACCCUUGUUCCUGCUGGCGCUUGUAAUAAAGUACCACUUUAUAAAGAAAGCACGACGCCUGCUGGUGCUACUACUGCUAACACGACAGCUCCUGCUGCAUCGGCUGCUGUUCCUUCUACACUACCUCCAGCUAACACUACUGCUGAUGCAAAGGCUGAUGUCGCCGCCGCCGCCGCCGCCGCCUCCCCCUCCUCCUCCUCCUCCUCUACUACUACUACUACUACUACUAAUAACAAGGCGAAUGCUAAUGUAAGUACUUCUCAAGCCUCUCUCACUGCUACAAGCGCCUUUAGUGUUGGUAUCAUUGCUGCUGCUGCUGCUGCUGUUAUGGCUUUACUAUAG